UUCACCGCUGGCAGGCAGCCCGCUGCAGCUGAACGGUGUCCCGCAGGAUCUCUCUCACACACUCGGACCAAAAGCGAGAGGACAAUGUCCAGUGUGUGACAGAACACUCACUUUGGAUCGACUCCCCGCGCUGACCCGGACACACAGAAGAUGGUCCUGCGUGUCCGCCGCAGUGAUUGAUAAGCGCUGAUAAAAGAGACGCGAAGUGGAAGAGUGGAGCCAUGAUGAACUCAGGCAUGCACAAGCCACCUCUGGCCCCCAAACCAAAGCUGACCCAACCCCAGAGGCCGGGGCUGUCUCCCUCGACCCCCAGAAGAGGAGGAGUUCUCUCGCUCGCAUCUCCUGGCACCCCAAGGAGGGAUAAACCAGUACUGGCCCCGAAACCCUGCCUCUCUAAACUCUCGACUGCUGUGGAGUCCAAACCACUGGCCUCAAAGAGCCUGCACCAGACAUCUGUAACAGAGAGCCCGCGGACCAAAGGUCUUCUCAACUCCCACAAUGGAAUACAGCAAGAGAACAAAAAGCCAGAUUGGGAUUAUAUCAUUCCUAUCUGCCUGUGUAGCCAUGAGAACUGUGUGUGCAUCAGGAACACAUCAUUAAAACUUGACAAAACGGAGAGGGACUUGUUGCACAGGGGUAAAAAUGAAGAAAAUAAAAAGCUUCUCCCUCCAUCUCGAGACACUUUGGAUAACAGUGGAGAUAAAACGAUCACAAACAAUAAACCUCUUCGAGAGACGUUUGCUUUGGACAAAAAUCUCAACACAGACGUCAACAUGGCGACCUUUAGGCCGUCACUUCCCCACAGAACGUGGAGCGAUGAGGCAAACGGCAAUGUAAUACCUCACAGUGCACCUUGGCGAGGACCAGAGGAAGAUGCUCUUGGCUCCGAGCACAAGUCUUGUGUGCCCCAACCUAGCGCAGCUGCCCCUAGGAAGCCCGUCCCUGUCCCUGUACCACGGAAACCCAGGAUGGCUGUACUGACCCGCCAGGAAAAGGUGGAGGAGGGGGAGGGGGAAGAGGUUACAAGCCAGGAAGGGAGGGAUGUGAACGCCAAAGAGGUGAGGGUGCCAUCAGGUGCUGAAAAGCAACCGAUUACUCUGUCUGCGAGGAAAGCCUGCCCCAUGCCUGCCCCUCCGCCCAGGAAGAAGCCUCUUCUGUCUGCACCUGAGAAAGCACCGACCUCUGCUCCUCGAGCGCUUGCAGAGGAUGUGGAGGAGGAAGACCUGGGCUGGGACAGCAGCAGCAACGAGAUGGAGGUGUCAGCUGACAAGGAGGAUGAAGAGGUGGAGGUGGAGAAGGAAGGGACACGUGAUCGAGAUCAGGAGGACGUCUACACGGACUUCUCGCACAGUCCACCUCCUAUCAGCCAGCCUCCUGACGUCACCGUGGCAGCAGAGGGUGUGGUGGUCAAGGUGGCUCCAAAGAAGCCCCAGAGGCACAGCAGUCCGAUGGCAUGGAUGCAGAAGAAGGAAUCAUUUGAGGGGAAAGACGAGGGGAAAAAACUGGACAAUGAGAGAAGGCCCACGGCAGAUUGUGUUUCAAAGGACAGGUUGAUGCGGGAGCUGCCUGCACCUCCAGCAGAGAAGGAGAGCAGAAACGUCUUAACCGUGGGAGCCCUCAAGCCUUCUCAGUCCAGCAAACAGAGAGCCAAGUCGUUCACUGCUGCUGACCUCAUCCGCUCUGACGGACAGAAGAGGAACUCUUUCCGGAAACUGCUGGACCUGAAGCUCUCGGUGAAGAUGCUCCCCAAGCUGAUGGCGAAAGGAGGCGGCCAGAGCCCGGACCGCGGCCCGGAUGGUCAUGAGCACAGCACGGACAGGGACCAAGACGUUUGUCAGAAGUCGGAGCAUCUCAGAGCUGGACGUAAACUCUCGUGCCCGCUGAUCGGAGUAGAGCAAAGCGUGGACGGAGAGGAGAUUUCUUACUAUGAGAACGUCCCUCACUACGAGGAGAUACCGGACUACAUGAACGUGCAGGCGGGGACGGACCUGACAUCCCCUCCGGCCGCCUUCUCGCCGCAGACAGCCUGGCAGAGCUCCCUGUACAGCGAUGAGGGCAUUUAUGAGGAGCAGGAGCCGUAUAUGUCCUUUGAGAAAAACAGUGGACAACAACAGCAGAGCGAGACACCAGCAGACUGUGAGAGAAGCUCUGUCGAUGAGGAGGUGGCACCGCUGGAUGAUGGCCCUUCAGAUGACGACAUUGUGGCCAGCACCUCAGAUGAGGAGGAGGACAGCAGCUCUGUCUCCAGUAAAGGAGAGCCUGAGCUGCCAGCAGAGAGUCCGAGCGGACAGAAGAAGAGCAAGAUUCAACACAUCGCCACAGAGAUUAUGAGCUCUGAGAGUGUGUUUGUCGAUGUCCUGAAGUUGCUUCAUGUUGACUUCCGUGAUGCCGUGUCCCAAGCGUCUCGUCAGAGUGGGAAGCCCGUGAUUGAGGAGCGGCUCCUAAACCAGAUCCUCUACUCCCUCCCACAGCUCUACGAACUCAAUCAAGACCUCCUCCGAGAGCUGAAGCAGAGAGUGGCCAAAUGGGAAGAGCACGCCCAACUAGCGGACAUCUUCCUGAAAAAAGGGCCCUAUCUGAAGAUGUACUCCACUUACAUCCGCGAGUAUGACAAGAAUGUGGCCACACUGGAAGAGCAGAGCAAAAAGAACCCAGCGUUUGGCGCAGUCGUACGGGAGUUUGAGGCCAGUCCUCGCUGCGCCAACUUGGCCCUGAGGCAUUACCUCCUGAAGCCUGUCCAGAGGAUUCCUCAAUAUCAGCUGUUACUCACAGACUAUCUCAAAAACCUGUCAGAAGACUCAGAAGAUUACAAGGACACACAAGCUGCCCUUGUGAUAGUGAAAGAGGUGGCCAAUCAUGCCAACGACAUCAUGAAACAAGGGGAUAACUUCCAGAAGCUGAUCCAGGUGCAGUGCAGUCUGAACGGCCAGCAUGAGAUAGUCCAACCUGGGCGGAUCUUCCUGAAAGAGGGCAUACUGAAGAAGCUGUCCAGAAAGGUCAUGCAGCCCAGAAUGUUCUUCCUGUUUAAUGACACAUUGCUGUACACCACCCCUGUUCAGUCAGGCCAGUACAAGUUCAACAACAUGUUGUCUCUGGCUGGGAUGAAGGUUAGCAAACCGAGCCAAGAGGCCUAUCAGAACGAGCUGAACAUCGAGAGCGUGGAGCGCUCCUUCAUUCUCUCAGCGAGUUCAGCAGCAGAGCGGGAUAACUGGCUUGAAGCCAUUUCCACAGCGAUCAGUGACUACACCAAGAAGAAGAUCAGUUUUAUACCUGGCAAGUCUCUAGAAGAGGUAGAACUGAAUUAUUGUGAUGAUGGUGCUCCUUUGGGAUCCAAAGCCCCCAUAUGGAUCCCUGACCCACGGGCCACCAUGUGUAUGAUAUGCACCUGUGAGUUCACGCUAACAUGGAGGCGACACCACUGCCGUGCAUGUGGGAAGGUGGUGUGCCAGUCUUGCUCCUCCAACAAACACCAACUUGAAUACCUAAAGAAUCAGCUCGCAAGAGUGUGUGAUCAGUGUGUCCUUGUUCUUCAGCAGCAGAAAAGUGAACAAGCCCUCUCAGCAGCUGUAUCCCCUGGCAACAGAGCGACCUUUGCUUUCUCCAGGAAGCAGAAGAAGAUACCAGCAGCCCUCAAAGAGGUGUCUGCAAACACAGACUCCUCCAUGAGUGGGUAUCUGCAGAGGUCAAAGGGCAAUAAGAAGCAGGGGAAGAGGCUGUGGUUCGUCAUCAAAGACAAGGUCCUGUACACAUAUGCAGCGAGUGAGGAUGUCGCAGCCUUAGAGAGCCAGCCUCUGUUAGGAUUCAUGUUGAAGGUGGAUUCUUCACAGAAGUUACAGUUUAAGCUCUACCACAAAAACACACCGUACUACAUUUUUAAAGCUGAUGAUGUCCAAACAGCGCAGAGGUGGAUCGACUCAUUCAAAGAAGCCACGGUGCUUUAGCAGUUCCAACUUAUUUAUGUCGCCCUUGUCUGAAAAUGUUUUACCUCAGCGCUCUCUGAAUUCUGCACGAAGCAUCAGGAGACACCAUAUUGCACUGUCACAAAAUCCAAAUAUUUUAUUGCUCUUCUCAGAUAUACCAUCAUUGCUUUUUACCUUUUUAUUUUACGAGCCCUCCUGUUGUGGCAGAAUCAUGCCACAAUAAUCUAUAGCAAUUUUAGAUGGUUAGACGUUGAUUUUUUUUCUUCAUGACAGAUUUUUUUUAUCGUGGUCAGUAGAUUUUGUAAUGAAUACUGUCGUAACAUUUUGAUCCACCACAUCAGUUUUAGAGGUCAAAAGAAUUCAUGUAGAUGUUGUUGUUAUUUCACACUUGUAAAUCUGGGAGUAGAAGACACGACGAGCACUCUUCAUGCUUGUGUAAGAAAGUCUCACCUUAUAUUGUUCUGUUUUUCCAUGCGAUUAAGACUACAGUCUUAACGCUAUAUCAGGGGAAUGUUCACUAUUUGUAUUUAAAUGCGUAUUGCACUUAAUGAAUCAGAUGUCUGUACAUAGAUUAUACCCAGCUACACACACACACGGCCUCUGUAAAUACAGUGUGUAUAGUGUACUCAAAUUUCAAUGAAUCACAUGUUUAAAUUCUGUCACUGAAAUAAAUGUUUGGUUUACAGUCCUUUA